AUGUCGCGGCUUUUCCCGACAUUUCCCAUCCCACCCAUUGGCGCUCCCACUCGCGAUGAUCCAUACUAUCGGCUCACGUCGGACGGCCGCAUUCGGUUGUUUGCCACUGCGAUAGCAAGUGGCCCCGGGGGCCUGCGGAUUCUCCGCAACUUGCCCGCCGCGAACACUGAUGGUGAAUUCAUGGGCGUGCGCUGGGAAAGCGCUCCCAGGCCGCAUAAAUACAUGAUGUUGCUGGUGCGGUACCAGAUGAAUGAGGUUUCGCCGGAGUAUGACAACCAGAAGCCUUAUCCGAAUCACCGUUCCCGGAGGAAGCAGAUGGAUAGCGACUACCACAAGUACCUGUACGAGCUAUGCAUCAACAUGAAGAGACGCGGUGAGCUUCCACCCCCGGAGGGAGAACGUAUUCACCUAGCAGGUCUUAAGGAGUUUGUGUCGUGGUUAGAGAUGCUCGACAUCGAGUCCAACUCCGCUGACCUGGAAUAA